GCAGACUGCGAACUGACAUCCAUCCACCUACCUCAGCCUUGACGAUAGACGACAGAGUUCCAUUUCUGGUGGGCUGUUGAUCGAUCGCGGAACGAUAAUGCUUAAGGUUGUCAAUUGACAGCCGCUUCACUCUUUCCUCAUCGCUCCCUUACCCGUCGCAAGGCGGUAGGCGACACUACGUACAGUCCUCCGUACCUACAACAGCGCGCCUUCCACAGCAAAGCACUCCGCACGACAUCAGUGCAUCUCCUCCAUUCCACUUUCCCCCUCAGAUAUGGCCUCACCCUCGCACCCAUCCAAUCCCGGCGCAGCGACAACCAACCACCCUAUCACCCCUCCCGCCGACCACCACCAAUCGACCCCGAACGCGGCCUCCAACAUGAACACCACGAACAACACGACGACGACGUCGACGAACAACCCCACCAGCAGCACUAGCACCAGCACCGCCAACCCCAACACAACAGCCCCCACAACAGCACCCGCCGCCUCCACGACCCCGGCACCCCCCAACCAACCGACGCAGAUCCCCUCGACCUCCCUCAAAGACAGCGGCAAGUCGCGGCGCCCGCGCGAUGUGCGCCUCAUCCACAUGCUGCUCGCCAGCCUGGGCGUGACGGCGUACCAGGAGCGCGUGCCGCUGCAGCUCCUCGACUUCGCGUACCGGUACACGUCGAGCGUGCUGCAGGACGCGGUGCACCUGGCGACGGAGGGGUACGCGGGCGCGACGACGGACACGGGCGCGGCGGCGCGCGGUCCGCCCGAGGUCAACAGCGUCAGCCUGCCGGCACUGCGGCUGAGCAUCGCCUCCCGCCUGCACUACCAGUUCCAGUCCGGCCUGCCCAAGGAGUUCCUCAUGGAUGUCGCGGCGGAGCGCAACCGUGUGGCGCUGCCGGGCGCCAGCCGCGGGUUCGAUCAGCAGGGCAACUCCAAGGUGGUCGCCGGCAGCCAGGGCAGUGUGCUGAUGGGCGGGCUGCGGCUGCCGCCGGAGCGGUUCUGCUUGACGGGCAACGGUUGGAAUCUGCGCGAGGAGUGGGAGAGUGAAGGCGAGGAGGAGGUGGAGGUAGAGCAGCCGGGGGAUUUCGGGGGCGAUGGCACGUCCGGCGGUGCGCGGGAGAAUGGGGGGCCCGGGGUGAAGAAGGAGGAGGAGGAUGGUGAGGAUGAGGAUGAGGAUGGCAAGAUGGAGGAUGUGUUUGGGGAGGACACGGCCAUGGGGGAGGCCGAUGAUGGGGAUAAGGAUAUGACGGAUGUUUAGUUAGGGGGUUGGAUGGUGUUUUGGCGCUCGGCGUGAAAAUAGGGUUAUCGACUUUCGAGGAGGAGAGAGGUCAGGUUCUAUACCAUAUCUAUAAUCAUCACGACUUCAGCUUCGGCUUCCUGCCACCACUUUUAUAUCCUUGAGCUCUCAGCCACUCUCUGGUCG